GAGUAGUUUCACUUUGACCGUGAAUUAGACAACGUGCAAAAUGUUGAAAGGCCGUAUCGCACUCAAUAUACUUCAGUCGCAAAAAGCCACCGUCUUCUCAGCAAGUCAACAGCGUUGGCAGACAAAUGUGGCAACAGCUGAGAUCAGAAACGAUCCGGAAUGGCUCCAGGCCAAACCCUUCCAAGAGAUUCCGAAGGCAAAUAUCUUGUCCUUAUUCGCGAAAAGCGCACUGCCCGGUGGGAAGUACAAGAACUUGGAGAUAAUGGAAAUGAUUGACGCCAUGCGCCAGGAUUACGGAAACAUAUUCUUUUUGCCCGGAAUGAUGGGAAGUGAUGGCUUUGUGAUGACACACAACCCAAAGGACUUUGAGGUGGUUUUCCGCAACGAAGGUGUGUGGCCAUUGAGACCGGGCAGUGAUAUAAUGCGCUAUCAUCGAACGGUUUACAGAAAGGACUUCUUCGAGGGUGUUCAAGGAAUCAUUCCCUCGCAGGGAAAGUCCUGGGGAGACUUUCGCACCAUUGUGAAUCCCGUGUUGAUGCAGCCCAAGAAUGUGAGAUUGUACUUCAAAAAGAUGUCGCAGGUUAACCAGGAGUUUGUGGAUCUCAUUAAAGAAAUAAGGGAUGCCACCACUCAGGAGGUGCCUGGCAAUUUCUUGGAAACCAUUAACCGCUGGACUCUAGAAUCCGUAUCCGUGGUGGCACUCGAUAAACAGCUGGGUCUGCUCAGGGAAUCGGGGAAGAACAGCGAGGCAACCAAGCUCUUCAAGCAUCUGUAUGACUUCUUCUUGCACUCGGCCGAUCUGGAGAUGAAGCCCUCUCUCUGGAGAUAUUUCAAGACACCACAGCUGAAGAAAAUGCUCAAAACAAUGGAUGGUAUUCAGGAAAUAACUCUAUUGUAUGUGGAUGAGGCGAUCGAACGCUUGGAAAAGGAGGCCAAGGAGGGUGUGGUACGUCCGGAACAUGAACAGAGUGUACUCGAGAAACUACUGAAAGUUGACAAGAAAGUGGCCACCGUUAUGGCCAUGGAUAUGCUCAUGGCGGGAGUGGAUACGACUUCGAGCACUUUUACGGGGCUUUUGCUGUGCCUCGCCAAGAAUCCGGAGAAGCAGGCCAGGCUCAGGGAGGAGGUGAUGAAGGUGCUGCCCAACAAGGAUUCCGAGUUCACUGAAGCAUCGAUGAAGAACGUACCCUAUCUGCGUGCCUGUAUAAAGGAAUCCCAGCGCCUCUACCCUCUUGUAUUUGGAAAUGCUCGCGGGCUGACUAGGGAUUCCGUAAUUAGCGGUUAUCGCGUACCUGCUGGUACCCUUGUGUCCAUGAUUCCCAUUAACUCCCUCUACAGCGAGGAGUACUUCCCAAAGCCCACGGAGUUUCUACCGGAGAGAUGGCUGCGAAAUGCCAGCGACUCUGCCGGAAAGUGUCCAGCCAACGAUCUGAAGACCAAAAAUCCAUUCGUCUUCCUGCCCUUCGGAUUUGGACCACGGAUGUGCGUGGGCAAGCGGGUCGUGGAAAUGGAACUGGAAUUGGGUACCGCUCGUCUGAUUCGCAACUUCGACGUGGAGUUCAACCAUUCCACAAAGAAUGCUUUCCGCUCCGCUCUGAUCAACCUGCCCAAUAUACCACUCAAGUUUAAGUUUACAGAUGUGUCCAGCUAAUGUGUUUUAUAUUAGAUAUCUGUUGUGCUAAGAUAAUAGGUAUUGUUAAACGAAUGCUUUUUCUACAUAUAUACAUUGCAAUGAAAAGAAAUUAAGUCCCUCUGUUUAAAAA